AGUUGUCCACCUACAUUAGUCUACAAUGCGCAAAAGGGAAGAUGUGAUUAUAUCGAGGCCUGUCUCGUAAAAGUGGAGGCGCAACCACCACCAGAAGCGAUCUCUUCUACUGUAUCGCAGCAGCCCCUCGUACCACCACUUGUUUCUGAUGCAUCGGCUCCCGUAUCUCAGCAGAAAAUGUUCGAUUGCAAAGGAAAAACGGACGGCUUCUAUUCAAGUGGAUGUUCUCCCAUAUUCUAUUUCUGUAAUGAAGGGUUAGCGACACCCAUGAAUUGCCCACCCUCGUUGGUGUUCAAUGCGGCGAAGGGGCAUUGCGACUACGUAGAGAACUGCUCAGUGGAGGUUCCAGCAUCAGCCAAAGAUACUUCAACAUCUUUCUUACCUCCUCCGGCUCCUUCUCCUGCUGCAUCAUCUGCCUCUUCGCAGGUGAACUGCGCAGGGAAGAAAGAUGGUUACUACUCAAACGGUUGCACUUCGGAAUUCGUGUUAUGCAGCAAAGGGACAGCGACAACUAUGAAGUGCCCACCUACCUUAGUGUUCGAUGAAAAGAAGGGUCACUGUGACUACGUAGAAAACUGCGCACAUAUAGUGCCGCCUAUCUUAGCACCAGUCCCUGUGCCUCCAAGUCCACCAUCAGCUGCCUCCGUGGUAAAAGAAACCGUUCAGCAUGUGCAUCCUACAACGACCUUCUCUGUGAACUGUGCUGGCAAGAAAGACGGGUAUUAUUCUAACGGCUGCUCGGCAGAGUUCCUAUUCUGCAGCGGAGGGAGUGCGACUAUCAUGGUAAUAUUGUACUUCAAAUUGCAAGGCCUGCAGUAA